GGGCAUGCUCUGCUGGUAACGACCGAAUCGUCGAUUGCCUCCUUGCGGCAAGAGCCAACGUCGAAGCCCUCGACAGUCGAAUGAAGGUUCCGACGUCAAUAGUGAACUUCUCAACGGGAGAACGCCUCUUCAUGCAGCUGCAGAGUUUGGUAAUGCCGAGACCGCUGCUUGUUUACUGCGGCGCUCUCACGUAAAGCGUGCAGUCAAGGAUAGAUUUGGCAAUACACCUUUGAUGAUAGCUGCGCAACACGGUAAGAAGGAUAUCUUAGAGAUGUUAGCACCAUGGAACCAUUUCGACCUAUUGUCACCGGACGAGAAAGAAGCAUGUCGGCGUUUCGAGGCAACAAUAGUUGAUUUUGGAGACUUUCGCAAUGAAAAUAAAGUCUCGAAGCGAUCUGUCUACGACCUUCUAUACACACGCGAUGGUGUAUCUACCAUUUCAAAACAGAUCAAGGCUACAAGACUCCGCUGGAUCCACUUACCUGCCAACAACAUUGCGUGGUGCGAUGCACUGCUGACGAAACGAUUCAUCGAGGAAGGGGCGAUCGAUGUCGAGGGAUACAAGGCUAUGGAGGCGUCAUUCAGCCAGCAGCAUCGAGGGCAGAAACAACACUCUCGCUUCAUGCGCCCAACAUGUUCUGCAGUCCACCGUCAAGCUGAUGUUGAUGACUCUGUCAUCUGGGAAAAUCAGAAUUUUCCUGCCAAUGCCAGCCGCUCUCUGAGCAAGCAAACGCCAAAUUCAAGACAGUCUACUUUCAGCACCGACGCCUCCAUUCAAGAUCACCCGGAGCAGCGCGCUGCCCGCAUGUCGAGGUCCAGUCUGUCUACUAGUGGUGUCAAGACGGAUCAGGAUCAGUCUGGGAAUGGUCACGAACGAGCACAACCAGAAGCCGGUGCAGCAUCAUCUCCGAUGUCGAAAGCAAAGAGCGAUGGCAAGCAGCAGCCAAAAACCAAAGUUUCGGUCGACAACACCCCAACACCUUCUAAGAAAGGAGAUGUCACAAAGGGAGAUCUUAGUAAGGCUGACUCAAAAAAGACCGCCAAGGAAGUCGCUUUCAAGAAAGAAAAUCGGCGCAAGAUCUCACGCACCAACACGAUCGAAUCUUCGGUCUCUUCGGCGCGCGCGAAGCAGUCUUCUACUUACAACAUGUACCUCUUCAUGCCGUAUCUACAUUUCGAGUCCGAUGAGCGGCGGCGAGAAAUGCAAGAUGCAAUAGACCAUCUGCGUUACCCCGAUCAUCAGAUGAGCCUUCACGAAGAUGAAGUGCUCAUAAGAGCGCACCUCACCGCUUCGAGUUCAUUCCUCCACCUCCGGCGGACGCUGGAUCAAUUCUUCUACCACAAUAUCGACACGCAAAUGCGCGAUGCUGAUCAGGUUGUGUUUCGCUAUCAGAAGCGACAUCAAGAUGGUAUUUCGUGCGAUCCGAAGAUUUUCAUGGUAGACCAGCUCUGGAUGUGGGUCAUCUCGAAAGACCUCGUCGUUACUAGCUUCCCUCGUCGGUGGAAGCAGCCCCGUAACGAUCCGCUAAAUGUGCUUGAUGGCAUCAUUGAAGACAUCAAUUCGAAAACACGAAAGCCGAUCGAGAACGUGUACGAAUUGGCUAUGACGAUCACGGGUCGAUGCUAUGGUAAUUUUGAUCGCAAAGGAGGCGAAGAGCUGCAAUUUUUUGAUAUGUUCGAGGCAUCGCUCGGCGCCGCGAUGGACCGGGAGGCUUUCUUAUUCCAGCAGUUUUUGGAAGCCUCAUAUCACGCAAGCUCGUGGCUAUUAGAACACAAACGGGUUGAACGCUUCUCACAUCCCGCCUUUGUUGACAAACUGCUCGAAGUCGGCGCGGAGACUGCCCUCCUGGCAGAAAUUAAGGAUAUCCGCGACGAGCUCAACAUCAUCCGAAUGGUUCUGGGCUAUCAAGAGGGACUGGCAAGUGACUUCCGCAAGCUCGUACGCAACAUCUAUGAGCAGGAGCGAUCUCAUGUGCAGUUGCGGUUAGUGGAGAAGAUAUUCGACGAACAGGAGAAGACGAUCACGAACCCUUUGAAGGACAUCAGCCGCAUGAGCGAACAGGCAGAGCGAAUCUACAUUUCCAUCACGGAUCUGCUGGAUCUGAAACAAAAGCAUGCGAACGCUUUUGAGGCGCGUUUCGCGCGCGAUCAAGCAGCAGGUACCAUUCGUCAGGGCAGGACAGUUCUGGUCUUCACUAUCGUCACGGUGAUUUUCCUGCCGCUGACGUUCAUCGCCGGGAUCUUCGCGAUCAAUCUAACGGACUGGCCUCAACCCCUAACGUUGCCCUUCGUCUCUGAAUACAUAUUUGGAAUUGGACUUGCAAUCUCGAUUCCUUGCAUCAUCAUCGCCAUGACAGUCGACGAGAUCUUUGCUUUUUUCUCGAAGAUCAAGAUGAUGAUCCUCCAACUUUGGCCACAGCGCCUAACUCGCGACGACGGCCAGCAGCAGCAAUUACUAAUCCUAGAAGAGUCUUUGAGUGUGGCGAAAAGUAUGCGGCAAAGCAUGGAUGUCAGAGGCAUGCGGCAUAGCAUGGACGUCAAAGGAAUGCACAUCAUGGAACCUAAAAGCUUGGAUCGGAACAUCUCACCGUGGACAGAAGUCCGCAGCAGGAACCGAUUUGGACGGAGAAAUUGGGAUGUGGAGCGUGGUCGUCGAUAAGCCUCAUAGGCACCGAGGAGUCUAGCAGGUUGUAAUGUAUCUCUGAAGAAUGAAAAUGUUCAAGCCAAAUCUCAUGA